UUGCUUAUUUAUACAUAGCAAGCUGAUGUGAGCAGUCGCUGUUGUUCUUUGUUAAUUGCUUAGUGUAACGUAUUCGUUAUAAAUCAAUUUAAUAAAAUGUUCAACAGUUUCAUAUUUUUGUUUGUUGUAAUGACGGGUUUAUGUGAGUGUGCCAAUAUUUUGUAUGUGAUGCCUUUUACUUCUAAAUCUCACCAUAUUAUGUUGAAGCCGAUUGGAUUAGAAUUAGCUAGAAGGGGUCACAAUGUGACUGUCAUCACUGGAUUUCGAGAUAAGAAUGCUCCUGCAAAUUACCGUCAGAUACAAGUUGAUCAGAAAGAAAUAUGGGACGUCAUAGGAACCAAAAGACCGAACGUUUUCGACAUGGUUGGGGUAUCAACUGAAGAAUUUCACAAUAUGAUUCUCUGGAGAGGGGGACUAGGAUUCACAAAUCUAACUUUAAAUUCAGCUGAAGUGAAGAGUUUUUUAGCUGAAGACAACAAAUUCGAUUUAGUCAUUUGCGAGCAGUUUUUCCAAGAAGCGAUGAACAUAUUAGCACAUAAAUACAAAGCUCCUUUAGUUCUAGUUACAACAUUCGGAAACUGUAUGAGACAUAACAUCAUGAUAAGAAACCCAUUGCAGCUAGCCACUGUGAUCAGUGAAUUUUUGGAAGUGAGGAACCCGACUAGCUUCUUCGCAAGGUUAAGAAAUGUAUACUUCACCGUUUACGAAUACGUUUGGUGGCGAUAUUGGUACUUAGAAGAACAAGAGAAAUUGGUCAGGAAGUACAUUCCAAAUUUAGAAGAACCAGUGCCCACUUUGCUUGAGAUGCAAAAGAAUGCCUCCCUGAUAUUAAUUAACGGACAUUUUAGUUUUGAUACUCCAGCUGCGUAUCUUCCCAAUAUUAUUGAAAUUGGCGGAGUGCAUCUUUCCAAGAGUGACACUAAGCUGCCCGCGGAUUUGCAAAACAUUUUAGACGAAGCAAAGCAUGGAGUCAUUUACAUUAACUUUGGAUCGAACGUGCGUAGUGCUGAACUACCGUUAGAAAAAAGAAACGUAUUUUUGAAUGUUAUUAAGAAACUGAAGCAGACUGUGGUGUGGAAAUGGGAAGAUGACAGUCUAGAUAAAAUGGAUAAUUUAGUCGUGAGAAAAUGGCUACCACAAAAAGAAAUAUUAUCCCACCCAAAUAUCAAAGUAUUCAUAUCGCAUGGUGGAUUGAUCGGAACACAAGAAGCCAUAUUCCACGGCGUGCCUAUAAUUGGAGUUCCUAUUUACGCUGACCAAUACAAUAAUUUAUUACAAGCAGAAGAAUGUGGAUUUGGAAAAAUACUCGAAUUCAAAGAUAUCACAGAACAAAACUUAGAUAAUUACUUGAGAGAGCUUCUUACAAACAAUACUUACAGAGACAAAGCUAAAGAGAUGUCCAUUAGGUUUAAAGAUAGACCGACGACUGCUUUAGAUACAGCUAUGUAUUGGAUUGAAUAUAUUUUAAGGCAUAAUGGGGCUAGUUUUAUGAAAAAUCCAGCCAGAAAAUUGCACUGGAUCCAAUACGCAAUGCUAGAUGUUUAUGGUUUUAUAUUAGCAGUAGUGUUAACAAUUUUUUACACUAUUUACAAACUAAGUAGUUUCAUAUUGCAUAAAUUGAAAGCUCCUGAGAGAGUUAUUAGAAAAAAGUUUGAUUGAUAUUUGUUAUACUGUUGUUAUUUAACAUUAGUCUUUAUUAUAGCAUAGAAAAGUGAUAAAUAUAAUUAAGAUAUCGUAGAAAACUGUAAGAAACUCAAUGAUAUUGACUUGAAGAUCUUACGUCAAAUAUUUAGGUAGUUUUAAUGAUGCGAAAUAUUUGUUUUUUUCUGAUCUCUCUGUUUAACUGUUUGUUUUUUUUUUGUUUUGUAAUUUUAUAAUCAUGGAUAGUUAAAUACUUUUACAAAACUGUUAAUGUUUCAAAUCUUUCAAUUAGACUUAAUAUGUGAUGGUAGUUAUAUUAUAUUAUGUAUUUUAUCCCACACAAUAUGGGCUUUAAUGAUAAUUCAAGGCGUAUUAUUAUUGUGCACCAAUAAAACCAGUUAAUAAAUGGUUUAUCGGA